AUGGCUUCAAUAUUACCAGGACUGCGAAAGGUAACUCCUAGGUUAUCUAGGGAUUUCUUUAUAUGUCACCAAUGUUUAAAACAACCUCGUCCUACAUUACGGCAAACAAAGUUUCCCGCCAAAUCUAUAUCUUCUCGCUCAAUACGAUUCAAUAGUAAUAUAGCUUCAAUUACCGAAUCUGCCAAUGGAGCCUCUCCUUUGAGUUCGCUGGCUGAAUCAUUGAGCAAGUCAAGUCAAGCAAUAAACAAAGAAUCGUCACGAAGCAGAUUCCCAGAAACAAGUUCGAAAGCAGUGGGUUAUUGGCUGUUAGGAAGUGCUGCAAGUGUAUUUGGAAUCGUUGUAUUUGGAGGUCUUACACGGUUGACAGAGUCUGGUCUUAGUAUUACAGAAUGGAAACCCGUCACUGGAUCUCUUCCACCUCUCUCCGCCGCAGACUGGGAGAGUGAGUUCAACUUAUAUCGAGCCUCACCUGAAUUCAAGCUUCUCAAUCCACAUAUGACUAUGGCAGAAUUUAAAAAGAUAUAUUUUAUGGAAUGGUUUCAUCGAUUAUGGGGACGAUUUAUUGGACUCUCUUUUGUUGUUCCAGCGGUCUACUUCGUCGCCCGUCGUAAAGUCUCAAAGCCUAUGGCUCUUCGUUUACUUGGAAUAUCGGGACUCAUUGGGUUUCAGGGAGCUAUUGGUUGGUGGAUGGUCAAGUCAGGAUUGAAGGACGAUCUUUUCGCCCCCGGCUCUCAUCCCCGCGUUUCUCAAUACAGGCUUACCACACAUCUCGGCACUGCUUUCAUAUGUUACACUGCAAUGCUUUGGAACGGUCUCUCAAUUCUUCGCGAUCGCAAACUUUUGUUCAACUCUACACCCGCUCAGGCGCAUGCUCAUCUCCUUCGUCUAUCAUCGUCCUCGCUAUCAGUAUUCCGUAAAUCCGUUGCUGGUCUUGCUCUUCUUGUCUUCACAACAGCUAUGUCCGGUGGAUUAGUCGCGGGUCUUGAUGCCGGUCUUAUCUAUAACGAGUUCCCUCGAAUGGGCAAGGGAUUCGCGCCACCAAAGUCCGAACUCUUCUCCGAAUUUUAUUCCAGGCAACCGGACCGUAGUGAUUUGUGGUGGCGUAACAUGCUCGAGAAUCCAUCAACAGUACAAUUAGACCACCGCAUACUAGCGACUACUUCAUUUACUGCUAUUCUCGCUCUAUGGGCAUAUUCACGCUUCAACCCUAGAGUUAAAGCUGCUCUCCCAAAAAGUGGGGCAAAAGGAAUGCUUGGCGUAGUUCAUCUUUUGAUGAUGCAAGUUACUUUGGGUAUUAGCACUCUUAUAUACUUGGUGCCUACUCCACUUGCUUCUGCCCAUCAAGCUGGAAGUCUGGCAUUAUUGACUGGCGUUGUGGUUUUGGGUAGUCGAGUCUGGAUCCCCAAAAGAACCAUGGCCAUUUUGAGGAGAAAAUUAGCAUCACAAAGUCCACAAGCUGCUAAGGUGAAGUUCGCAAGCCGGAUGUCACCGCUUGUAACAAAAACUUCUUGA